AUGCAACGGAAUAUUUGGCAAAAUCUGUCAGUCAAGCAAGCAAGCGGUGAAAAAGGCGGACUCACCUCACAUAGCAUCGCAUCUGAAGUCUAUAUUCAAAAGCUUAUGCUCAACGAAGGCCAGAAAAAAGCAAUCGUGGACCUAUAUGCUGGAGGACAACCACCAUUGUCCAGAGAGUUCCAUGCAGACAAUCAAAGCGAGCAGCGGGAUGCUGCAGCACUAUUGGCCAUGCAUGAUCUGGAUUGGGAGUCUCAGAAGACGUUGGCAAACCGAUGGAGUGUGAGGUGGACCAGAGUGAGUGGAGAAAAAAAGAAGGCCACACAGAUGAGACGAGUUCUUCUUCAGUGUGACUGCGGUUAUGAUCAUACCAUUCAUGGCUCCAAGAAGCGACAUACCGCAUUUGACUUCACUGGUUGUCUGGCACAUGCCGAGAUCACCUUGAUUGUUGCAUCACGUGCCAUUCUACAUGUUCGCGGGUUCCUAGAUCAUAAUCUGGCAUGUCAGGAAGCAUUAAUCGCACGGAUACCAAAAGUCCCCCUUCAUCCAUCAGUAUACCAUAUCACUCUAGAGCAACUAGAAGCAGGAGCCACUCUGUCUGACAUUCAGGACAGAAACAGAAGUCUUGUCAGCUGCAGAUCCUAUCCAGAGAUGAGUUCGAGCGCUCACUAUGAUGUCAAAGCUCCAUUUCGAUGGUUCUUGGAGGCCAGCGACACACGAUCACUGUACCGCCAACACAAUCGCAUGCAUGGUGUUGAUACCACAGUACCGGCACACAUCAAUAUUGAUGAGUGGCUCGAUCUGAUGUCGCCCCGCUACAACUCUGUACUUGCCGACGCUGUCUUUCAUUACUCACCAAGGGCCAGUCGGGGUGAACACUUCGAAGUGUGCAUCGCUACCCUGAAGAUGCGCGAAGCAGCUUGGCAAUAUGCCAAUAAAUCGCAGAUCAUCCUUGAUGGGACGUUCGGCAUAUGCGAUAAAAAGAUUCUGCUAUUCAUCAUCAUGGCAAUUGAUGAGGAGCGGAAGGGCAUACCACUUGCCUUUCUCCAGUUCUCUGCACCCUCCGGAAAUCACCAUACAGCUGCUGGCUAUAACACGGAAGUCCUCGAGAGACUACUGAAAAAGUGGAAAAACUCACUGGAGAAGAGCCGCAGUGGGCCCUUCAUGGUAUAUGUUGCCAUCACAGAUACUGAUCUGAUGGAACGAGGUGCUCUCGUGUCAGUAUUCUCAGGAAUCUGGCUGCUGAUCUGCAAGUUUCAUUUGUGUCAGUCCUGGUGGAACCAUCGGAACAAGGCUGUCAAGGGGAAUUCACCGGCACACCUAGACAUCAAGAACCAGCUACGCAGAGUGGAAGUGUCUCUCAUAGAGACAAUGACUCUAGAUGAUGCACAUACCAUUAUUCAGCAGGAGAUCAAUGUCCUGGAGACAAUGCGCGAUGCCGAUGAACAUUCAAGCAUUGCCGAAAAGGGGAUCACCCAUCUUCGUGACUACCUAUUAAAUUACUGGACGACCGAUGCACUGUGGCAAAGCUGGUCCAAUUUCGGUCGACAAAAGGCUGCUACCAUCCUCGACUGCGAUCUCAAAGGUGUCCUGCUGACAACGAAUCACCUCGAAUCAUUUAAUGGAGUAUUAAAACGAAAACACUCACGGCGUUGGCAGCGUGGGGGGCGUCGUCUUUGUGUCGAUGUGCUUCUGUCGAUGCUUGUCAGCCAGAUCUUGCCAUCAGUUAUCUCUCAACGUGAGAUGGAAGCAGAGGCAGCUCACUUAUGUGCAGAGCAGAUUUAUUUGAUUCCUGGAGGGCAUGCUCUUCUCAAGAAGAACAAUGGAUCACAACAUACAGAUGAACAUGCAGCAUACCUGGAACCAGAUUGCACCCGUGAUGAAGCAGCUACAGCUCUGUUUGCUCACAGGCAGAUAGGCUCACCCACUGUGGAUGCAACGGGGUCCAUAUUAACCUUCUCAUGCUAUUCCUCACUUGCGUUGGCCUCCGAGGAUUCUUCUGUGAUGUAUACUGUCACUUUGCACAUGAAUGGCACUGGUCAGUGCAGCUGUAGAGACUUCGCAUCAUGCGGUGGAGCCUGCAAGCAUAUGCGAGCAGCACUCCUCAAAUUGGAAGACAUCCAACAGCAGGGCACAGCAGUGCCCAAGGUCUGGCUACCCGAGUCUGCUGAUCAUGCCCAACUGCUCCUCCGUGCACAACAAACAGCAAUGUCAGUAGCAGAGAUCAUGCCAAAACAAAGUUUAUCGAUCAUUGAUCAUGCUGCGGCAGCCGUCGAGGAUACAAUCCACCUGUACCUGGCAGGGUGA